AAUGGUCAAGUUAAAUGUAGGGUUUUUCAAGGGGAAAAAUAGGGCUAGUCAAGAUUUUUCUCAUCUGCAAAUUGGGCGGUCCGAUUAUUUAUUAAUAUCGAAUUCCAUUAUUUCGGCCUUCAAAUAGAAAGAAGACGGCGAAGUUGACUACCAUCUCCAGCUUUCAAAGGAGGCAAAGGAACAGCGAGAGUGAGAGAGAGACCAGCAGCUUUUUAAUCAAACAAUGAUGAUGUUCAUGCGGAAAGGCGCUUUUAGAGCUACGGCUUCUUCUACUGCUAUUCGGCUUCUUCUUCAACAACAUGUGGAAAUGGGUAUCUUUCCUUUUCCUCCUAAUUUCCCUUCUUUGUCAUUCUUCAAGCAUCACCACAUCACCACUUCUGCUUGUACUAAGAAACCUUCUUUGCCUCAAAAACAUUGUGGGUUUGUUAGUAAUACUAGCAAUGACAUUAGUAUUGAUGAUGCCUUGAGUUCAUUCUAUCGCAUGGUCCGCAUGAAUCCUAGGCCUUCUGUUGUGGAAUUUGGCAAAUUCUUAGGGUCCAUUGCCAAAAAGAAACAGUAUUCCUCUGUUGUCUCUUUGUGCAAUCAAAUGGAUUUGUUUGGAGUUACCCACAAUGUUUAUUCUCUAAAUAUAUUGAUUAACUGCCUUUGUCGCUUGAAUCGUGUUGAUUUUGCUGUCUCUGUCUUGGCUAAGAUAUUCAAACUAGGUAUUCAACCUGAUGCUAUCACAUUCAAUACACUCAUUAAUGGGCUCUGCAAUGAGGGGAAGAUUAAAGAGGCAGUAGGAUUGUUUAAUGAGUUGGUACGGAGAGGGCAUGAGCCCAAUGUAAUUAGCUAUAAUACUGUAAUCAAUGGUUUGUGCAAAAAUGGCAACACAAAUAUGGCUGUUCACGUGUUGAAGAAGAUGGAACAAAAUGGGUGCAAGCCAGAUGUGGUGACAUAUAGUAUAAUCAUAGACAGCCUUUGCAAAGAUAGGCUAGUUAAUGAGGCCUUGGAGUUCUUAUCUAAAAUGGUGGAUCGGGACAUUCCACCAGAUGUCAUUACUUACAGCUCCAUACUCCAUGGUUUUUGCAAUUUAGGACAACUGAAUGAAGCUACUAGAUUGUUCAAAGAAAUGGUUGGUGGGGAUGUUAUGCCAAAUACAGUGACAUUCACUAUUCUGGUUGAUGGACUCUGCAAAGAAGGGAUGGUUUCAGAAGCUCGAUGCAUCUUCGAAACGAUGACUGAAAAAGGUGCCGAGCCAGAUGUUUACACCUACACUGCCUUGAUGGAUGGGUAUUGUUUACAGAACCAAAUGGACGAGGCCAGAAAAGUGCUCGACAUCAUGGUUGGCAAGGGUUGUGCACCUGAUGUACAUAGUUACAGCGUCUUGAUCAAUGGAUAUUGCAAGAGAAGAAGGCUGGACGAGGCAAAAAGAUUACUUUUUGAAAUGUCUGAAAAAGAAUUGACUCCUAAUACUGUCACUUACAGCACUGUUAUGCAAGGUCUCUGCCAAGUAGGGAGACCUCAGGAAGCUCUAAAUCUCUUCAAGGAGAUGUGCUCUUCAAGCCUUCUUCCAGAUUUGAUGACUUACUCAAUUUUGCUAGAUGGCUGCUGCAAACAUGGAGAUUUAGAUGAGGCAUUACAAUUGCUCAAGGAAAUGCAAGAGAGGAAAAUCAAACCUAAUAUCGUCAUUUAUAAUAUUCUUAUUCAAGGCAUGUUUAUUGCUGGCAAGCUUGAAGUUGCAAAGGAACUAUUUUCCAAGCUAUCUACGGAUGGAAUACAACCUACUGUACGAACAUACAAUGUCAUGAUCGGGGGGCUUCUUAAAGAAGGGCUGUCAGAUGAAGCGUACAAAUUGUUUAGAAAAAUGGAAGAUAAUGGCUUCUUGCCAGACAGUUGCUCUUAUAAUGUUAUCAUUCAAGGAUUUCUUAAAAAUCAGGACUCAUCUACUGCUGUACAACUAAUUGAUGAAAUGGUUGGUAAAAGAUUUUCUGCGGAUUCGUCUACAUUUCAGAUGUUAUUGGAUCUGGAAUCUUAUGAUGAAGCCAUAUGCCGGUUUAUGCGUGAAAGCUCUCAACAUAGAAAAAUGAAGUGAGUUUUCUUAUCAGGUGCUAUUGUAGGCUGUUGUGCCUAUUGUGGGUCAUCAAGUUUAGUGACUGGUUUGCAACACCUCUUAUUGUGUGUGUUACUGAUACACAAUGUAUCUGCGUCUAAUUGACAUAUUGUAUGAUGACUAGUCUUAUUUUCCAUGGUGCUAUAAAUUUUAUAAGUUAAUUUAGGUAUUUUAGAUUUUGAAUCUGUACCUGUUGUUUAGACUUGUACUGAUCAUAAUGAAGGGAAUGAGUUAGAAAUGGGAA